AUGGCAACCAUCAAAGGCCCCGGCGCCCCCAAGACGUACGAUGGCUCCGCACUCCGCAUUGGCAUCAUCCACGCACGCUGGAACACCAAGAUCAUCGAUGCGCUGCUCGAGGGAACCAAGAGGAAGCUCAAGGAAGCGGGAGUCAAGGAGGAGAACAUAGUCGUGCAGAGCGUGCCUGGGAGCUACGAGCUGCCGUACGCCGUCAAGCAACUAUACUCGGCCUCACAAAUCCAAUCCUCGUCCACAGGCGUCGUAGGCGCAGCGGCAGACCUCCUCGGCUCCACCUCGGACCUCACAGCCCUCACUGGAGCGUCGCAAUCCAAGACGUCCAACUCGCCCUUUGACGCGAUAAUCGCGAUUGGCGUGUUGAUCAAGGGAGAGACGAUGCACUUCGAGUACAUCUCGGAGGCGGUGAGCCAUGGACUCAUGCGCUUACAGCUCGACAACAACGUGCCCGUCAUCUUUGGCCUGUUGACGCUGUUGAGCGAUGAACAGGGACUCAUGAGGGCGGGGAUUGGUGGCGCGGAUGGCAAGAGCGGACACAAUCAUGGCGAGGACUGGGGGAGUGCCGCGGUGGAGUUGGGUGUCAAGAGACGGGGCUGGGUUGAGGGCAAGUUUGUGGACUAG